GCGGCUGGCGGCGGCGAUGGGCGGGCGGGUGACCCGCGCGUUCCGGAAUUUUAACGUGGAGAACCGGGCCCGCCGCGAGAUCAGCAAGGAGAAGCCCACGCCCGCGCCCCGGCACCGCACCGCCCGGCUGGACGCCAUGACCGAUAGCCCAGAGUUAAAAGAAGAAGUUCUCAAAAAGGACGAUAAGUUCCUCACCUUGCUCAAAGAUGUUUAUGUCGAGUCCAGAGAUCCACCAGUGCGGGUAAAAGAUGGAGGUGGUGAACAUCUUCCGAGUAAACAGGAGGAAAAGAGACUUACUAAAUUAGGCCACUUGGAAGCUCUAGAUGUUAAGAAAGUUCCCAAAGGCAAAAUUUCCCUUGUGGAGGCUCUGACACUUCUUAAUAAUCAUAAACUUCAACCUCAAAUAUGGACUGCAGAGAAAAUAGCAGCAGAAUACAGUCUGGAACUGAAGGAGGUCCACUCUCUUCUGGAAUUCUUCAUUCCUUUCACUGUGCUGGAAUUUCCUAAAGAAACCAAAAAAGCCAUAACAAGCCAUAAACCAAAAAAGUUAACAUAAAAGUACUUGCCAAAACCCUUUGUCAUCUCACUCGUGUCUUCAUUUUAUUCUCAAGUAUAUUCCAUGUCUGAAAAUUCAGUCAAUAAUAUGUCAUCCAGCAAGGCUGCUUCCUUAGGCCAGUGAGGUGUAUUCAAGCAAUUCCAUUCUGCAUGGGAAGGAUUCAGUGAAAUGCAGCAAGUACAAAAUAAACUACAGUUUAUAAACCAGAA